AUGCUUUUGCUAACAAUUAAUAGAAAUCCUCUGGAUAAUAAUUUUUUGCUUUUUUUCCAGUUUUCUGUACAUUCUAGUCUGAAUUCUGCUGUCCAAUCUGUGGUUGAUGAAUUCAGGACAAAUCCACCAGCACUUGUAUCUCAUGUUCCAUAUCCAGCGAGUCCUCCGGCUCGAGGAUACCCCUCAAUGUUUCCAACAACAACCAACAUAUUCAGCAUUUAUCCCUCCAUGCCAACCUACACAUCACCUUCAUCAUCAACAUCAACCACAGAUUUAACUUCUUCUUCUAGUCAGAAUGCAUCAUCAGAAACUCCACAAGCCAACUGUGAUACUAACAUUCCUGAUUUUAGUCAAACCAAUGUGACAACAACAUUUCCAGACCUCAAAGAUAAAGGUCGUAUGGAUAUGUUAGAACUGUUGAAUGAGGAAGAAAAGGUGCUAGAAUUGAUUCAAAACAUGCCAGAAGUUCAGCAAGUUGUGACAGAAAGAGAAAAACAGUCUUGUAAAUGUACAGAGUUAGCCAAAGAGAAUUUGAGUAAAAAACCUGUGAUAGAAGAUCUGAAACAUCAAGUUAGUGAAAUGAUGCAGGAAUUCGAAACCCUGCGUGCUCAGUUUGAAACCCGUCAAGAAAGACAAUGUUCGUUGAUGGAUCAAUUUCAUCCUGGUGUUAUACAGAAUAAUCUCAAGGUUGCUAUCUUAGAGGCUGAGGAAGAGUCAGACAAGAUUGUAGAAGACUUUUUAGACAAAAAGCUUGAUGUAGAAGAAUUUACUUCAAAAUUUCUAGAAAAAAGGGCAUUAUAUCACACAAGAAGAGCCAAAGAAGAGAAAAUGAACCAAAUGAAUAUAAACCAAGGAUUUUAAAAGUGUCUUUCAUGUGUUCAAUAUCAUUUAUAUAAGUGUCUCAUCUCAAUUUGGUUACAGUUUUUUUGUUUCACAUUAAAAUUUAAAAGACAUAAAGUGUAAAUCAAAGUUUUAAUGUAUUUGUUUGUUUUAGCUCUGUAUUUAGCAAUGCUCUAAUGAUAUGUUUGAAAUGAACGUCUGUUAUGUUUUUUUCAACAUAACUUUGAAUGUAAGGUAGUAAAAACAUUACUUAUUGUUAAGGCAAAAAAGUUCUAUUUUGUAUCUCUCUUACUACUUUCUAUUUUCAAUUGAUGACUUUUAAUUUGCCUUCAAACCUUGUAAAAUCUCUUCUUUUCACUACAUAUAUGUUUGUUUACAGAAUAUAUAUACCCUUAUGUGCUCUGUUUUGGAGUAGGGAACCAGAAAUGUUUUAAAUAUAUUUAACAAUACAACAUUUAUUUUUCAUCUUAAAAAUAAAACCCUACAAAGAUUUGUUACAUUCAUUUUUGUUUGAUAGCAAAUUGUUCUAAAAUACAGUUGCACGAUAGGUUUAGCAAGAUAUGUAUCAACAUUUUGUGUUUGACAAUCAAACACAUUAUUUUGUUUUUGACAAUAACAAAGAUUUGUUUGUUGUUUUUAUUCUUAUUUUUUUGUAUUAUAUUUUACUGUUACAUUAUGAGAGAUUUGCAUCCUUUCUUUAAAUAGCAGAUGUUGAACUUGUUGCUGUUUAAUCCCAUCAUUUGUGUGCUAGAUAAUUAAGUGAUUAAGUGCAUCAG